GAGGAGAAAGUUGUGCCAGAGAUCUCACAGAUCCUUUGUGGUUGCUGAACUGUUGUAAGGGGGAGAACCCUGGGUGCCUGACUGAGAGGGCAUGACUCUAACCACAGCAGGAGGGGGUUGGACGGACCCUGGUUGUUGGAAUGCAGUGAAGGAUGAAGAGGCAUCUGCUGAGGAGAGCAUUUCUGUAGCAGUGUUACCUUUUAGUAUUUCUAAGGCAGGUUUGUCCACCCAGGCGGCUCAGUCUCGUGAUAUAUGUGGCCCAAUCUUGAAAGAUAUUUUGUACUUGGACGAACACCAGAGAACAUACCACAGACCUAACACUUACACAUGUAAAACCUGUGGGAGACAGUUCUGGUUCAGUGCAAACUUUCACCCAAAUCUAAAGCAUUACAUUGUAGAGAAACCUUCACAAAGAGAUGAAGGCAAAGUCUUAUUGGUGAAGAAGAACUGGAUAGUUUGUGAAGAAGAACCUCAUUUGUCAGAGAAGCCCUUUAUGUGCGAAGUACAGCAGAAAAACUUCCAGACCAGUUUGGGUGAUCACCAGCAAAAGGUCACCCAUAGGAAGAGGAAGGUGGCCAGGAGCACUGAGAGUAGGGAGGCCUUUCAUGUUGGGCAAAUGCAUUACAAGUGCAGUGAAUGUGGAAAAGCUUUUAGCCGCAAAGAUACACUUGCCCAGCACCAGAAAAUCCAUAGUGGAGAAAAGCCUUAUGAGUGCAGUGACUGUGGGAAAGCCUUCAGCUGCAAAGCUACACUUGUCCGACACCAGAGGAUCCAUACUGGAGAAAAGCCUUAUGAAUGCAGUGAAUGUGGAAAAGCUUUUAGUCGAAAAGACAACCUUACUCAACACAAGCGGAUCCACACUGGAGAAAUGCCUUACAAGUGUGGUGAAUGUGGGAAAUACUUUAGCCAUCACUCCAAUUUAAUUGUACACCAGAGAGUUCACAAUGGAGCAAGGCCUUAUAAAUGCAAUGAUUGUGGGAAAGUCUUCAGACAGAAAUCCACACUUGCUCAACAUGAGAGUAUACACACUGGAGAAAAUCCUUAUGAUUGCAGUGAUUGUGGGAAAUCCUUUGGCCACAAAUAUACCCUUAUUAAGCAUCAGAGAAUUCACACAGAGUCAAAGCCUUUUAAAUGCACAGAUUGUGGAAAAUUCUUUAGUCGAAGCUCUGACUUUAUUGCCCACCAGAGGGUUCACACUGUUGAAAGGCCUUUUGUGUGCAGCAAAUGUGGGAAAGACUUCAUCAGAACCUCCCACCUUGUUCGGCACCAGAAGGUUCACACUGGAGAAAGGCCAUAUGAGUGCAGUGAAUGUGGGAAAGCCUACAGCUUAAGCUCCCACCUCAUUUGGCACCAGAAAAUUCAUGCUGCAGGUAGAUUUUAGGGGAGCUUUUAAUAUACUAGGAUUCAUCAGAUAUUAAACUUGAACAUGUCUUAUGAAUACCAAGUAUAUGGGACACUUCAAAUACUAUUUUGCACAUUCUGACCUCAAAAUUUCCAAAGUUAGUCACUGUCAAUACCUAUGGCUGAAACCGUCUCAACUUCUCCAGCUUAGUAACUAUAAACCAUCCCCAGGGAAGGCAGGCAUUUGCACACUUUAUCCAAUCUCUAGUGAAUUGUGAGACACCUGAAGUUAGCAGAGGUCCUUAUUUUCUUUUGACUGAUAUUUUAGGUAAGAACUCCUUAGUCAAGAGGACUUGAGCUAUGUUCUGGUAACUUACCGAAAAUGUCUUUUGUUUGUGGACCUUAUUCUUAAUGAUGUUAUUUGUUUGUUUGUUUGUUUGUUUGAGACGGUCUUGCUCUUUUACCUAGGCAGGCCUUGAACUCUUUGGCUUAGUUGAUCCUUGGCUUUAGAUCCCAUAAUAGGUGGGAUUUCAGACAUGUGCCACUGUGCCUGGCUCUUACCUGAAAUUUGUAAUGAAUGGACUUUUCUUGUCUCUAAGUCACCUGGCCAGGAAAGUAUCUGUUUCAUGUUGUUCUGAUUUGUAAUAAUAAAGUCUUUAUAA